UGCAGCUAAACAAAGUCAGCUGUUUUUGUCAAAGUUUGUUGUUGCUCUCAAAAAUGCUGCGAAACUCGCUAUUUGCAACCGGAAAGCUGAGACAAUCGCUGGCAUGUGUUCUGCUGCGAAAUUCGACCAGAAGCAGCAGCACAGCGACGCCACUGGAUGCCGGCACCCAGAAGGAAGUGAGGCACCAUGAAAAUCAUGCCUCCGAGUGGUGGAAUCAAAACGGAACCAUGGGCGCUCUGCAUGCCCUGAACGAGAUUAGGGUUCCCUUCAUCAGAGAUGGCAUCGUUUCGCGCGGCACAGUGAAGCCUGGUUACGUAAAUACCACCAAAGUGCUCAAGGGGCAGAAAAUUCUGGAGGUCGGUUGCGGUGGGGGGCUGCUCACGGAGCAACUGGCGCGUCUGGGCGCCCAGGUCACAGGCAUAGAUCUCGGCGAGAAGUUAAUAGAGGCCGCUCGGGAUCACCUUAAGUGCUCCAGUCCGGAGUUGUCCAGCAAUGUGCUGUACAAAAUGGAGCCCGUGGACCAGCAUGCCAAGGCCAAUUGUGAAGUUUACGAUGCAGUGAUAGUGUCCGAAGUGCUGGAGCAUGUGGACGAUAAAGUGAGCCUGCUGGAGGCCAGUGUGCGAACCCUGAAGCCAGGAGGAUCCAUUUUUAUCACCACCCUGAACAAAACCAUACCCAGCUGGUUCGGAGGCGUAAUCCUGAGCGAGUACGUGCUGAAUCUGGUGCCCAAGGGAACGCAUCAUUGGGACAAGAUGAUAUCGCCACUGGAUGUCCAGCGUAUUUUGGAUACAAUGAAUUGUCAGACGGUGCUGGUGAAUGGAAGCACCUACGACUUUUGGAGCAACACCUGGCGCUGGAUCAACAACACCCAGAUGUGCUACGCCCUGCAGGCGGUGAAACAACCACUAAGAGAAUCCAAUUGAAUUCGUAUAUUUUAUUUUACUAUUAGCUAGGUCAGUGUGUAACAACUAAGGAGUAAACUAAUCGUCAUCCGAGCGUGGUUUCUUGAA